AUGGCCGCUCCUACUGGCACGUCCGGUGUGGACGUUCCCGCGGCCCAAGGGGAGGUCAAGUGCCUCAAGAAAAUGAUUGCUACUGUCGAGAAAGAUAUUGACCCAAGCAUUCAGGGGCAAAAAAAACGCAACGAGCUCGCGGGACAAAGGAGUGAGCAAAUGCUCAAGUUGGCGACAGGUUUGGUGAAUGGCUCUGGUGGGCAAGCGCAGGGAGAGGGCAAGGAAAUAUUGGAACUGAUCCAGCAGUCCGUCCAGGCUAGCAAGGACAAGGACCGCAGACUCCCUGAACAGGAAGCCAGGUGA